GUUUCGCUUAAAUUGGGUUCUUUCCUGUCCUGAGAAACACAACAGACCCCAAAAAGGCAAGCUGAAGAGAGAACACACACACAGACCAAGCGACAAGAAAUGACCAUGACUACCAUGCCAGAGAGUCUAAAUAGCCCCGUCUCAGGGAAGGCUGUCUUUAUGGAGUUUGGGCCGCCCAGCCAGCAAAUGUCUCCUUCUCCCAUGUCCCACGGACACUAUUCCAUGCACUGUUUACACUCAGCGGGCCACUCUCAGCCUGACAGCUCGUACAGCACAGCUUCGUCCUUCUCCCGACCGCUGGGCUACCCCUAUGUGAACUCGGUCAGCAGCCACUCGAGCAACCCCUACAUCAGUUCAGUGCAGUCCUACCCCAACAGCUCCAGCCUGACUCAGACCCGGUUAGAGGAGACAGGGGCCGAAUCGGAGAAAAGCACUGUGGUAGAAGGAGGGGAAGUUCGCUUUAAUGGGAAAGGGAAAAAAAUCCGCAAACCCAGGACUAUUUACUCCAGUUUGCAGCUACAGGCUUUGAACAGGAGGUUCCAGCAGACUCAGUAUCUGGCUCUGCCCGAAAGAGCCGAGCUCGCAGCAUCUCUGGGACUCACCCAGACCCAGGUAAAGAUUUGGUUUCAGAACAAGCGCUCCAAAUUCAAGAAGCUGAUGAAGCAAGGAGGGGCCGCUCUGGAGAGCAGCGCCUUGACCAACGGCAGGGCUCUCUCUGGCAGCUCGCCACCCGUGCCUCCAGUGUGGAAUACCACCUCUGCCUCCGGUAAGGCCUCGUCGGGGACCCCGGGCACCUACAUCCCCAGCUACACGUCGUGGUAUCCUUCGGCCCACCAAGAAGCUAUGCAGCAGCCGCAACUGAUGUGAUUAUAUAUACGUUUUCCCCUAAUGCAAGCACUAUCGGCCCCAAAAAGAAUUAAAAUUAUUACG